AUGGAUCUGGAUCUGGGGUCUAAGACUGCUCAGGCAGCUAGCGACGAUCCCCCUGUCGAGCAGGGUGACCUGCAGCUCUUGGCUACUCUGGGGUACAAGCAGGAGCUACGCCGCCAUUACUCCACCGUGCAGGUCUUUGCAAUCGCCUUUAGUAUCAUGGGCUUGCUCCCGUCAAUUGCUUCGACGCUGUCAUACUCGAUACCGGCGGGCCCCGUGGGCAUGGUUUGGGUAUGCUUGGCCACAUACGCUGGCUCUGCCCUGGUUUUGACUGUCUCUGCAGGGUGGUUUGCGGCAAGUGUGUUCAUCUUCAUUGUUGCUUUGGCAAUGGCCGAUCUCGCCUCCGCAAUGCCUACUGCCGGUGGACUGUAUUUCUGGACCCACUACUUCAGCGGGGAGAAGUGGAAGAACCCUCUGAGCUUCGUUGUCGGAUACAGCAAUAGUCUCGGUCUCAUUGGCGGUGUUUGCUCUAUCGAUUAUGGAUUUGCUACCAUGCUUCUUUCAGUCGUAUCUAUCGCGCGUGAUGGUAAUUGGACUGCCUCUCGGCCUGUCCUGUACGGCACCUAUGUCGCCUGCGUUGUGGUCCACGGCCUGAUCGCUAUUUUCUGUGCGCCCAUCAUGCCCAAAAUCCAGUCGGCCUGUAUUUUCAGCAACGUCGGCCUUGUCCUGGCCACAGUCCUCGCUCUACCGAUUGGUAAGGCCGUCCGAGGGGGGCAGAUCAACUCGGGGGCUUACGUUUUUGGGCACUCUGAAAACCUCAUCACUUGGCCCCAGGGCUGGACCUUCAUGCUGUCAUGGAUGUCACCCAUCUGGACCAUCGGUGCCUUCGACUCCUGCGUCCACAUGAGCGAGGAAGCCAGCCACGCAGCGCGCGCAGUACCAUUAGGAAUCAUAUGGUCUGCGGGACUGUGCGGACUGCUAGGCUUUGUCUCCCUGGCAAUCAUUGCCGCCGUGAUCAACCCCGAUCUGAAUGCUGUGCUGAACUCGAAUUUUGGACAACCAAUGGCCCAGAUCUACUACGAUGCUCUCGGCAAAAGCGGUGCCCUCGGAUUUAUGGUCGUCGUAGCAGUCGUCCAGUUCUUCAUGGGACUAAGUCUGGUCGUUGCCGCCUCCCGCCAGAGCUGGGCCUUCUCCCGUGACGGUGCCCUCCCCUUCUCCUCUUUCUUCCGCCAUGUCAGCAAGCGCGUCCGCUUCCAACCCGUUCGAAUGGUUUGCUUCGUUGUCCUCAUCUCCGUCAUCCUUGGCCUUCUGUCCCUCAUUGACGACGCCGCCGCAAGUGCCCUCUUCUCCCUCGCUGUUGCCGGCAACGACCUCGCCUGGAUGGUGCCCAUCCUCAGCCGUUUGGUCUGGGGGAAAGACCGCUUCCGUCCGGGUGAGUUCUAUACGGGGUGGCUCAGUAAGCCGAUUGCUAUCACGGCUGUGGUGUAUUUGACGUUCGUCAUCAUUUUGAGUAUGUUCCCGACUGAGGGACCAAAUCCGUCGCCUCAGGAUAUGAACUACACAAUUGUGAUCAACGGGACACUGUGGCUGGGUGCGAUGCUGUAUUAUGUGAUCUAUGCACGGAAGGUAUACAAGGGUCCGCAGAUGACGGUGAGCGAGUCGCCUACAUUCUCGGAGAUGGGGGUGCAAGACGAGGAGUGA